AUGCUCCGCCGCCGCACGGGCAAGGACAAGGUCUCCUCCGACAAAGCUACCGAUGCUGGCUCCAAGGCCGACGAAGAAAAGCUUCGUGCAGAAUUUGGCGAUGCUAAAGUUAAGCAGCUAGUGAUCAAGCCCAGAAGCAAGCGUCGCAAUGGGUUCAUAUUCAUGCUGGGCGGGAUCUUCGGCAUCUUUAUCGCCUUGUUCUUCGCGAACCAGCAUCAAGUCAUUAGCUUGGAAUCAAUAAUGGACCUGAAUCUUGAUUCCUUAAUGGAUGCUAUUCCCCAGGGAAUUCUGCGCGACGUGAAGGAGUUUUCGCAACACGAGCGCGAUACUGUCAGCUAUGAUUCGUUUUCCGUUGGACUGCACCUUCAGUCCCAGGGCGUCAGCGCCAAACACCCCGUCGUCAUGAUCCCUGGCGUUAUCUCAACCGGCCUGGAGAGCUGGGGCACAGGGGAGAGCUCUCGACAAUACUUCCGCUCAAGGUUGUGGGGUAGUUGGACCAUGAUGAGGGCGUUGGUCAUGGACAAGGCAGAGUGGAAGAAUCAUGUCAUGCUCGACCGGGACACAGGGCUCGAUCCGCCUGGCAUCAAGCUUCGUGCGGCGCAGGGAUUCGACGCAACCGAUUUCUUCAUCACAGGAUACUGGAUUUGGAACAAGAUUCUAGAGAACUUGGCUUCCAUUGGGUAUGAUCCGACCAAUGCCUUCACGGCUGCAUAUGAUUGGCGACUAUCAUAUCUCAAUCUUGAAGUUCGCGAUAAGUAUUUCACGCGACUCAAGUCUUACAUCGAGACCGCAGUCCAGGUAGAAGGCGAGAAGAUCACACUAGCGUCUCAUAGUAUGGGAUCCCAGGUGGUGUUAUAUUUCUUCAAGUGGGUUGAGAGCGAAGAACACGGCAAUGGAGGGAAAGAUUGGGUCAACAAACACAUCGAUUCAUGGGUUAACAUCAGUGGCUGCAUGUUGGGUGCCGUCAAGGGACUAACUGCCGUAUUAUCUGGUGAAAUGAGAGAUACAGCUCAGCUAAAUGCUUUUGCCGUAUACGGUUUAGAAAAGUUCCUGUCGAAGGAGGAACGCGCGGAGAUUUUCCGUGCGAUGCCUGGAAUUUCAAGCAUGCUGCCUAAGGGUGGCGACGCUGUAUGGGGAAACUCUACCUGGGCCCCAGAUGACCAGCCCGGCCAGCCUCUGACUUUCGGCAAUCUGCUCAACUUCCACGAGACCAACUCAUCCUGGACGCGCCGAAAUCUCACCACCACAGAAAGCCUGCAAUACCUGCUGGAUCAGAGCGAGCCUUGGUACCGCAACCAGGUUCUGGGUAGCUACUCCCAUGGUGUAGCACAUACAAAACGCGAGGUGGAGGCUAACGAGAAGGACCCGCGCACAUGGUUGAACCCUCUCGAGGCUCGUCUACCCCUUGCCCCGGACAUGAAGAUCUAUUGUUUCUACGGGGUGGGAAAGCCUACGGAGCGCAGCUACUUCUACCAAGAAGAGACUGAUCCCUUGGUCAACCUCAACGUCAGCAUGGACACGACCAUCACCAACAAUGAGGGUGUUGACCAUGGGGUUCUUAUGGGCGAGGGUGAUGGCACCGUCAAUCUGCUCAGUACGGGCUAUAUGUGUGCCAAGGGCUGGCGCAUGAAGCGCUAUAACCCGGCUGGCUCCAAGAUCAAGGUUUUUGAGAUGCCCCAUGAGCCUGAUCGUUUCUCGCCCCGUGGUGGUCCUAACACGGGCGACCAUGUCGAUAUUCUAGGCCGUGCCUCACUCAAUGACCUUCUCCUCCGCGUUGCCGGCGGCAAAGGUGACCAAAUCGAGGAGACCUUCUACUCGAACAUCCGUGAGUAUGCGGACCGUGUAAAGAUCUUUGACGACUAA